UCGUUAACGCUAGCUAACUUUGUUAGCCAGCUAGCUAUCUGCCGUGUUAGGUUAAUGUAGCUAAGCUAAUGUGGCUAACAAGCGAUAUGCUAGCAAUUAAAUAAUAGUACAUGAAAAAUGAGUCUAAAUGUACCACAGCUAUGCCGCUGGCACUGCCACCGUCACAGUAAUUCCUAGAAUAGUGUGUUGACAUGUAAUACCCGGAUAAUUAUCAAACCAGUCCCCUCAAAAGGCGACUUCGCCCCUAGCAGCACAUAGUGUGGCCAGAUUCACAGGUUAACGUCAGCAGUGUGUCAGGUGCCGAAUACCUGCGUCUUGAAAUAUGCAAAUGGACAAAGCAGGUGGCAGAGUUGGCCAAGGCUUUUGUAUGCAACACUCAAGCGAUCGGCCACUCCUUAGUCAAGUCUCAGUGUUUGUAUGGACCAGCAGUGGAAGUACACUAAUGGAGUCUACCCAAACACCGGGUUAUGGUUUUCCGGUUUGUAAUGUAACCUGUGGACACGGUGUCUGGGCUGGCCAGGACUGUACUUUUGGUCAGUAUCUGCACUGUUUGGUCGUAAAUGUGACAGGCCACAUCAACUCAUCCAGCCUCACUAUGAGUCAGGACAGGGGCAAGUAUGAUUUUUACAUCGGUCUGGGGUUGGCUAUCAGUUCCAGCAUCUUCAUUGGAGGCAGUUUUAUCCUCAAGAAGAAAGGACUUCUGAGGCUGGCAAAGAAGGGAUCGAUGCGAGCAGGCCAGGGUGGUCAUGCGUAUCUAAAAGAAUGGCUGUGGUGGGCUGGUUUGCUCUCUAUGGGGGCUGGUGAAGCAGCCAACUUUGCAGCAUAUGCCUUCGCCCCUGCUACUCUGGUCACCCCUCUGGGAGCCCUCAGUGUGCUCGUCAGUGCAGUGCUGUCAUCGUACUUCCUGACAGAGCGGUUAAACCUGCAUGGGAAGCUUGGCUGCCUGCUCAGCAUCCUGGGCUCUACCACUAUGGUGAUUCACGCUCCAAAAGAAGAAGAGAUCAGCAGCCUCGAAGAUAUGACCAAGAAGCUGGUUGACCCAGGGUUUUUUGUCUUUGCAACCCUCAUCAUCAUUGUGGCUCUCAUCUUCAUAUUUGUUGUUGGUCCCCGCCACGGUCAGACCAAUAUCCUUGUCUACAUCACCAUCUGCUCAGUAAUUGGGGCAUUAUCAGUCUCCUGUGUGAAAGGACUGGGCAUUGCCAUCAAGGAAGCAAUUGCUGGGACCAACGUGGUGAAAAACCCACUGACGUGGAUCUUGCUUCUGGCUCUGGUGGCCUGUGUAAGCACACAGAUCAACUACUUGAACAAGGCUCUGGACAUAUUCAACACCUCUAUGGUGACUCCCAUUUACUACGUGUUCUUCACCACAUCUGUGCUCACCUGCUCUGCCAUUCUCUUUAAGGAGUGGGAGCACAUGGGUGCAGACGAUAUGAUCGGUACCAUAAGUGGCUUCCUCACGAUCAUUGUGGGGAUCUUCCUGCUCCACGCAUUCAAAGAUAUUAAUGUCAGCUUGGCCACUCUCGCUGUAUCCAUGAGGAAGGAGGAACGGGCCUUUCCUGUGGCCAAUGGCACAACUUCGCACAGCACCUAUGAACUGCUACAUAAUGAGUCCACUGCGGACAUGGAGGACAGAGAAAUGGGCUCACCUUUUGAUAGCAUCUCUAGAAGAAAUGGGGCAACAAUAUCCUUGAUGGAUCAUUAAGAAACUAUUUUUCCUCCCAGCCCCCUACUGUCUCGCCUCCAUUGGCCGUGUUGUUGACAUGGUGUAUGAAAACAUUAAGACAAUCACCUGUAUUGGGAAAGUGACUUGGUCUGACCAGUGGAUUGUAUUUAGCAUUUAAUUUGCCUUACUUUUCUCAGAAUAUGACCUGGUCAUAUUCGGUUAGUUAGAACUUUCAUUCCGCUGUAGCGCUGGUAAAUGAGUUUUCUUUUUUAAGAAUGUUUUCUUAUAUGUUCAUGCAUAUCCAUGCAGUGAUAUACUUUCUAUAAAUCAAUAGUUUUAAUAUAUUCUAUGAAGUCCUGCAGACAAUGAAAAAGGACGAAAUUUGAGUUUUUGUGAUACAUGAAUAACAGUUUUUGUUAGGAGUCAUUCUGAA